CUGGACGGACCUGCAGCUGCCUCAUGUCUGCCGAACUCCACACGCAUGCUCAUCACACUGAGAGCAAUGUGUCGAUAUAUCCUCCCUUUCCGUCCUUCCCUGGUGAGCCACAGCCGGUGGACCCGUCGAUCGGGAAUAACAUCCCGGAUUUCGAACAUGAACGGGGCGAGACACCAACCCACGACGUGGUAGCCGGCUCAGGUCAACACCAGAACUCCUACUUCGGCGCCUCUCCAACGACGCAAAGGCAUGGCUCAGCUCAGGAAAUUUCCGACCCCAGUAGGGUGGCUUUCGUGGCACACGACCUGCCGAUAGCAGAGAAUAUAACUUCGUCGGAACAGUUCGAUAUGCUCCCGCCGCCCGCCAGCGUUCACCCGUCAUGGCAAGCUCUUCAUGACUAUGCGCAGAGGCACGCCUCGGCGCACGGGUAUGCGCUCAGCAUAAAUACAACGGCGAAGAACCGGUCACGAAUCAAGCUUGCAUGCGUCUGCUAUGGCGCGCCGAAGAAUACCCAUAAACUCACCCCGGAAACGAGGAUACGGAAGAAUCGCGUCAGCUAUAAGACUGGAUGCAGGAUGUGGGUCGAAAGCAAGAAGCAAGACGAUGGCUCGUGGCUUCUGCGGGUUGGUGAGCCGCAACACAACCAUCCCGGUCGUCCUCCGGAUAAGUGGGCAAUGCAGAGAAAGCGAACCUGGGGUAUGCUUGGAGGUCGAGUAGGAGUGGGAGGAGUAACGGCUAAGGAAGAGAAGGAACGAUUAGGAAGUACCGAUGAAAGAAACCCGUUAGACGAGCCGGAAGAGCAUUCGGAUACUCCACGAGAUCAAGCCCAAGCGGAUAGUCAUAGUAUGGAGCGAGGCAGCCUGGUUUGGAAGAUUGUAGAGCAAGAGAUGGCGUAUGCCGGCGGCCGCGGACAAGGUCGUGACAGGGGUGUUGGGCGAACAGUCAAGAUUCUCCAGGAACGACUUCCUGGUAUCCACAUAUUAAAACGGGACGUGUAUAAUAUCAGGGCACAAAUCAAACGAGCACGAAAAACGGGGCAAUCCACUCGUGCUGAUACGGCUGAUGGUGCGGGAGAGCCGACGUGGACGCCUGAGCCUUCUGCGAAGGAGGAUGGGGAGAACGAUGUCUCGGAGAUUGACCCGGCACUGGUGGUGCAACAAACCCCUGAUCAGAAUAGGGUUUUUGGGCAGGAAGACGAGAUCGAACGUUUGAAGGAGGAGGUCGCAACACUCCGACAGGCGCUUGUGCAGAGGGCAAAGGAGGUCGAAGAGCGGGAUGCCCUGAUUAGGGACCUGCAAGCACAGAUUGAACGUGCGAGCACCGUCAUACGCGAUGAGGGAGAGGGCCCUUAGAGCCCGGCCAAAUAAAUCAUACAGUAUAGGCUCUUCAUGCUCAUGGAGGGUUGGAUAUAAAGCCCGGUUUCGAACUGGCAACAUAGACACUGUAACUCUGUUGUACAGAAUGAAGAAUAUUUGAC